UUCAUGAAUGUUACCUGAUACUUUAAAAUCAUAUUGAGUAUACAAAAACACUCUUAUCUAAAACAGACCUUACUUCAUCUCUGAAUAAUAUGUAGCAUGUAACUGGUAUCAUGUUUAAAUCGAUGAAGGACGUUUAUUCUGCAUAUCAGCAAUAAAGAAAAGCUAGACCCCACCAUCACCUGACUCUUGAUUCCACGACUUAUAUAAGCCAUGUUUGAGCUACCCUCCCAUCUUGGUCAGAUGUCAGGCCUUGGACUGCUAUGGACAUCUCUCUCGGGGGCCUAUGUGAUCCGGGGAAUCUACCAGGCAGUAGCAGGGUCUUCUACCAAUCGGGACUUUGCUGGCGAGAAAGGCAUCCUGAGAUUUUCAAAACACCCGAUCCGUCGCCAUUUUAUCGGCCUUGGUAUGAAUGGGGCAAUCUGCAUUGCAGCCUACAACUCUUACUGUUUCGGUAUCUCAGACUUUGGAUGGCUUCAGGGUCUGUUAGACAAGGUUUCCAAUCCUGGGGUUGUCACCACAGACGAGAUGUCCUGCCUGGUCGGCUGCAGUCUGCUGUUCACCCACACACUGUUACGCUGGUACCAGAGCGUCUACAUCAACGUAUUCAGUAGUUCAUGUACUGUAGGCCUACUUGAUUGGCUCACACCCAAUCUCUACACCCUAUUGGCCGGUUUAACACUUGUCUCUGAUGCUCCACCUCUAGAGGGAAAAGGCUUUGGCUGGUUCAACACAUCAACUCUAUCGUGGAGGCAUGCUGUUGGUGUGGCAUUGUUCACUGCAGUCUCCAUUCAUGACAGCAAGCUGCAAUACCAGCUGGCAAAACUGAGGAAAAAUAGAAAUGGACAUGUUGUCAGUGAGGACCAUAAAAUGCCGAAGGGAGGAAUGUUUGACAUUGUCUCCUCGCCACAGUUUCUCCAUGAAAUUGUCCUCCAUGCUUCUAUUGGUCUGACCCUGGGAUUCACUCAUCAGGACUGGUGGCUUUGUACCGGCUAUAUCACCAUCAGCCAGAUUGUGCGAGGCCUUGGAAGACAGGAGUGGUAUCGGAAAAAAUAUGAGGACCUUCCUGCUGGUCGCAAGGCUGUUAUUCCUUAUCUGCUGUAGAUAGGAGGCCCACAUCGGGGCACUUUGCAAAUCAUGAAAUGCCUUUUUUGUGACAUUUUAUUCAUCAAAGCCUUAUAUUAGAUUGAAGGACAAAAUCCAGACUCCAUAUGCUUAUAAGCUGUUAAUUUAUGUUUUUCUCCAAUUAAAUUGUUAUGAAAUGAAUAUUUUACAAUAUUUAUGAAAUGUCUAUUUUGGAGAAUUUGGUUUGUCUAUGAUAAAUUGGGAGGAUUUUGUCCAUACCACCUUUUUUAAGGUUUGUAAAAUGAACAUGAUGUGGUAUGAUAUGAGAGAAUAAAAUCAUAGAACACCAUUAAGUAUGUAUGCAUGUUUAUGAUUGAGUCUAUUUUUAACCAGGUUUUCACAUAGUGAAACCUGGUUAUUUUGUUUUAUAUUAGUCGGACAUAUGCCUUUUAUGAAAUUCACUGAAUUUCACAUUGAAAAGAACAGAUGUUGUUUGGAUGUUUGUAAUUUGGUAAAUUGAAAGUUUAUUGCAGUAUGCAUUGAUGGUAGAAAAAAUAUUUUUUUUAUUCAUUUAUUUUUCAAAUAGUAUUGAAAUUCCGCAAAAUUCCAGAUGUUGUGAAAAUUCCUUAUUUGUAUUAACAUGUUUUUUUGUGUGUAAAAUUCUUCUUUUUCUCUGGCAUAAUACUUAUAAUAUAAGCCUAAAGUAAGUGCUGUGAUUGUUGGAUAUGUUAUUUAGAUAUUUUAUAAUGACCCCACAAUUUAAUUUGAUAACCGACUAUUUGUCUGUUCAUUCAUAUUUUUCAUGUUUUUUCUUAAUAGCUAUGAUAAGUAUUGUGAAAUUUCACACAUUACAGGUUCUCUGAUUUUAAACCAAUACUUGUAAACAUACAUGUUCAUCUUUAAUAAAAUUCUUUUGAUUAAUCUUCACAUAUGGAUAGUUUACUAAUAAGAACUUUGUAUAUAAUUAUACCCCCCAAAACAAAGUUUGGGGGGGGUAUACUGGAAUCGGGUUGUCCGUCUGUCUGUCUGUCCGUCCGUUUUUUUUUGUCCGGGAUUCAUCUUUGUCGUUAUUGAACAAAUCUUUUUCAAACUUUCAGAUAUUAAUGGCCAUGAUGUAAACUUGCGCCUCUGUGAAAUUGGUACGGGUCACAUGACCCUGACCAGAGUUAUCUCCCCUUGAUGUGUUAAAGUAGGCAAAAUAAGCCCUGUCCGGGAUUCAUCUUUGUUAUUAUUCAACAAAUCUUUAUCAAACUUUCAGAAAUUAAUGGCCAUGUUGUAAACUUUCGCCUCUGUGAAUUUGGUACAGGUCACAUGACCCUGACUGGAGUUAUCUCCCCUUGAUGUGUUAAAGUAGGCAAAAUAAGCCCUGUCCGGGAUUCAUCUUUGUUAUUAUUCAACAAAUCUUUAUCAAACUUUCAGAAAUUAAUGGCCAUGUUGUAAACUUUCGCCUCUGUGAAUUUGGUACAGGUCACAUGACCCUGACUGGAGUUAUCUCCCCUUGUAGGCAAAAUUAGCUUUGUCCGGCCUAACUCCAGGGCAAACAACCUAGACAUGGAGGGGUGGGGGGUAUUCGUUAGCCUAUGGCUUACAGUUCUAGUUAAAUAUCUCAAAUUGAAAUAUCUCAAAGACAACAAUAAAUGUUCAUGAUCUAACGCCAUCACUUGACUGCAUGGCCCAUAUUGGCAAAGUUAUCCUAUUUGACUUACAACAUGCAUAAGUUGCUCCCCCUGUCAUGUUAGCUCUCAAAAAAAUAAAUUCAAUAACAGGUAAAUUCAACGUCAGUCCUGGAAUGUUUGAAAGCUGAAUUUCAAACAGAAAAUAACAAUCAAAACCUUGUAUUGUAUAAUUGUGAAAGUAUGUAUAUUUUCUAUGAAAAUACUGAUCAUUUUAAAUUUAUGAAAUCAGUUACUACAUAUACAAGACAUGACAAACUUCUUAUGUGGACAGUUAUUAUAGAAAUAGGUAUGGUCAUUAGAAAUGCAUGUUUAACAUUAUACUUGUACAUCUCCUUACAUAUCAUGAAUUACAUCACAGUUGUAUACAACAUUCAACACAUAAUAUAUGAAUGCAAAUAUAAUGUAAUCAGACUGUAUUAUUAAUUGUGUAAAAGCUUUAUAAUUUCUAAUAAAGACUUAAAAGCA